GCCACCCCGCGGCCUCCUCGCAGGGGCCCGCGCUCGCCGUCGGGGGUGCUGUGGUGUCCUCUCUCCUCGCAGGCUGAAGUGGAGGAAACCCUCAGGAGGGUGCAAGCCCACAAAGGGGUCGCUGCGACUGUCGUUGUAAACGCCGAAGGAAUUCCAAUAAGAACAACUCUUGAUAAUUCUACGACAGUCCAGUAUGCAGGUCUUCUUCAUCAGCUCACCAUGAAAGCUAGGAGCACAGUGAGAGAUAUCGAUCCUCAGAAUGAUCUCACCUUUCUUAGGAUCAGAUCAAAGAAACAUGAAAUUAUGGUAGCUCCAGAUAAGAACUAUCUCCUGAUCGUUAUUCAGAACCUUUGCGAAUAG